GGUCGUCAGCGCUACUCCUCAAUCACUCUCGUCUCGCACUCUGAACUCUUUCCAUCGCACACCACGCUAUCAUACCACUGGAACUGCAGCUCCGAACGUAAGUUUUGACUGAAAAAAAGCAGCGGUUGGUACAUUUCCUAAAAGGCAAAGGUUAAAAAUUCUAAUUAGUAAUGUCUGCUAUUGAAAGCCUGAGACAACAAUGCUUGAAGAGGGGAGCCCAUGGUAUCAAAGGACUUGGAAGAACGUUCCGAAUCAUGGAUGACGACGGCAAUAAAAUGCUUAACUUAGAGGAAUUCUGUGAAGGCUUGCAAGACUAUGGGCUUAGUGUACCCAAGGAACAGGCAGCGCAAAUGUUCAACGAGGUGGACAAAGAUGGAAGCGGUUCAUUAAGUUUUGACGAGUUUUUAAUGGCCCUAAGACCUCCAAUGUCCGAUAGUCGAAAAAAAAUUAUCGAGAAGGCAUUUGCGAAGAUGGAUAAAACCGGUGAUGGUGUUGUUACUAUGAAAGAUCUUAGAGGCGUUUACGACGUUAAACAGAAUCCGAAGUUCAAAAGCGGUGAAAUGACCAGAGAACAAUGCUUUGCCGAGUUUCUCAAAAGCUUUGAUAGUCCUGAUAAUCCUGAUGGGAAGGUAACCAGUGAAGAAUUUUUGAAUUAUUAUUCUGGAGUAAGUGCCUCCAUUGAUGAAGAUGUCUACUUUGACUACAUGAUGAGGCAGGCUUGGAAGCUGUAGUGAAAUUGUCAUUAGCUAAUAGAAUUUGUUCUUCUUUGUUGCGUUUCUGGUGAUGUUUUAUUACUCAAGUCCAUAAUUUGAGCCACACCCAGUUUUAUAGCUCAACCUCUGUCCAAAUUAUCCGCACACAUGUGAUUUCUCCAUAUAUAGUCAUGAUGAUGUUGUCAUAUUACACCCAUAUAUAUGGACAUAUCAUUUGUCACAUAAAACUUGAUAGUGUGAACAGAGUUUUAAGCUCUGUGCAUACUACCAAAUUUUAUGUGACAAAUUUUUGUAAUGUGCCCAUAUAUGGGCAUGAUGUCUUAUCACACCCAUAUAUGGACAUAUCAUUUAUCACAUAGAACUUAAUAGUGUGAACAGAGCUUUAAUCUCUGUCCACACUAUCACAUUUUUUGUGACAAAUUUGUGUGAUGUGCCCAUAUAUGGGCAUGUCUUAUCACACCCAUAUAUGGACAAAUCAUUUGUCACAUAGAACUUAAUAGUGUGAACAGAGAUUUAAUCUCUGUCCACACUAUCAAUUUUUUGUGACAAAUUUGUGUGAUGUACCCAUAUAUGGCCAUAAUGAUGUCAUAUUACACCCGAAUAUGGGCAUAUCACAUUUUUUUUUGUCGUAAAAUUUGAUAGUGUGGACAGAGCUUUAUAACUGACACUGUACGACUGAUUGUGCUCGUCGCACUUCCAAUGUUUACAUUCCCACUUUUUUUUACAUUUUUAAAGUUUUAAUUCCUUGUAGCGGCUUGGGUUGUUUGAUGUACAGUACUUCAAUUGAUUAUUACGAUCAUAUUGAUAAAUAAAAAAAUACUGUCUCAUAAUUUGACUUUUAAAGAUAUUAGAUUUAGUGCAUUUCUGGUGCAAUUUUUAAUCCCACCAUAUCAAAAGGUGUGUUUUUAGAUAGUUCUGAAUGGCAUUUGCAUAUUCAGUGAAUUUGUAUGUGGAGAAAUUGUGUAAACAUUUUGAUGUGAUCAUUAUGUAAUUAUGAACUUAGGUACCAAUAUUGGAUUGUAAUUUUCUUAAUAUCAAUUUUACUCUAGUGUCUGGCUCAUAUAUUAACAUAUUGUAAAUUCCUUCAUUCUUCCAUUCAUUGUUGUAAGGGAUACCAAAGUUAAUUUUGCUUCUUCGUUUUCUUUCAUUGUAUUAGAAACAAACUUGAUUUUCUAUCCCAUUUAUUUAUAUAUCACAAAACCUUCUCUAAAUAAGAAAUGACAUUAAUUUAUGAUUUUAAAUCUGUAACAUUUAUUAUUAUAAACCAAAAUGUUAAACAAGAGGAUUGAAGUUUGUAAUAAUUUAAUACAUUUAUACACUACAUUAAUUCUUACAGCAAUUACCAUUGUUGUAAUUAUAAAACAGAUUUGUACUGAUGACAAAUACAGUAACAAUACAUAGUAGCACUAAAAUAAAUAGAAUAAAAACUAGAAUAAAUUUAGUAAGCAUUAACAAUAAUAAUUGUAAUAGUGGGCAUUUUUUAUAUUGUGAAUACUUUAUCCAGUUUUGAUAAUGUGAACGGCGAUAAAUAUCGAAUAAUACAAAAUACAAAUAUUGGUUGAGAAUGUCUCGGCGUUGUGAUUGAGUUGUUUCAGUCAUCUUCAGGAGAAUAAUAUCUGCAGAAAGUCAUUUUUACAUUCCAUAUAAUUUUAUUAAACCCCAUUGAACAAGUGUUCAGUAUGUUUUGUGGCUUGUGUGCAAAAAGUUAUAACCAACGAUUCCUUUGACUACACUUUCCAACACUGCCCUCAAAACCAAUGCAAAAUAACGCUGUAAUCACGGGUUUAUUCAAAUAAUAUUCAAAGGGGGGACUUAGUAGAACGGACCAUUGUAAUGUAGUUGAUUGAAGAAAAAAAAAUGUGUAUCGGAUAUUUUAGCAUAAAUUUAAUUUGCUUGCCAUUGAUAUUAUUAGUUGGUUGUUGUUUCCAUUUCAUAGAAAUCAUUAGUACCUUCUUCUCUAUUCUAGUUUGUAAUUUUAUAUCACAUAAUGUAACAGUGUAAUGUGGUAGAGUUGAAAGCUUGUAAAAAUUAUGAGUGAAAACAUUGCCCAACUCCCUAAACCUUGCGUGUAACUCAAAAAAACAAAACAAUGUAAACAUAAAGCGGGUAGAAAGUCAUCUUUCUACUUCAAUUUAUUUAAGUUUGAUUUCAUCUAGAAUAUAUUGAUAUCCUUUAUAUGUGUAGUGUAUUCUUGUGCCGUCUUUCAUAUCCUAUUAUGGUAAUCAAAUUUUUAACUCUUAUUCCAUCGGGAGAUUUUAGAAUCUAAUUAGAAGCUAGUAGAGUUGAAAGUUUAAGAUACUUAGCAUGACCAAAAUUAUCGAACAAAAUACUAACAAUAAAAAGAAUUUUACACAAUUUA